AGAAACCUUUCGGGUAAACAUUUGAAUUUGUUUGGAGCAAUAAAGUCAAGAAAUCGAUAAUUGGAAUUUUAUAAACUCUGGUAUUUUCUAGUCCAAUGCCAAGUAUUCAAAGAAACACUUUUCGGAACAUAGAUCAGGAGGUCUAUGGCGAACCGCCGGAUCAGAGCAUCAGUCAUGCGGCCAAGAUAUACGGACUUAGUGUAAUCCUGGCUGCCAUCGCAUUGACGCAGUGGAUCAUUAUAGGUUACACCCAUAUGCUGAGCCACAGCAGAUCGGAGGAGCGCUACGGCUGGUGGCUUCUGUGCACCUUUUUCGCAGUCGCCACACUAUCCUGGACCAAACUAGGACGCAAGGUGCCCUUCAACUACAUCAUUAUCGCAGCGAUCGUGGAGAGCUCAACUAUUUAUAUAGCCAUGGAACAGAAGCACAAUGAGAAUAGACUCGUCAACUUCUACGCCGGCAUUGUGGUGGUUGCCUUGAUGUUGGCCUCGAUAUUUUGGGGCGCCUACUUUCCCAUGUUCAUUGUUCCCGGCGAUCUGCUGCUCAGCUGUUUGGUGGCAAUAGCCAACAUUAUGAUGAUCAUAUUCUUCAUCAAUGUCCUAUUUAUCAACUACCAGGGAAUAUACUAUGCGGUACGGAACACAUUCGCCCUGGUGGCCAUAUGCAUGGUGAUGUACACGGCUACCAUAAUCCACGAUCGCCAGUUCGAUGUGCCCAAGAACGAGUAUCUGUUCCUCAGUGUCCUGCAGUUCUUCUCCUACAUGAUCCUGCACGAACGCAUCCUGGCCAUAUCCUUUACAAGUGCGCUGAAAACAAGUUGUUAAAUGCAAGUCUCUUUUGGCAGUCGUAUGAAAUUCGGUAAAUCUUAAAAUUUGAUUUGCACGUGGUUACUAAAUAAACUGUAUGAAAACUAGAAUUA